AUGUUGUUGCUGAUCGUUGCGUCGGCAUUGUUGGCCAGCUCCACAGUACUUGGCCAAAAAUGUGACCCGAUCCGCUUCGACCAAUGCCAGCAGACCUUUGCCCGCAUUAUCGGCGCCGACCCCAGCGUCGACUGGAAGAAGCCCCGGGAUCUGCAUGCCGCCAUUCAGAACGUCUACAUCAAUGGGCUCGACGCGACGACACCUGGGAUCGUUUCGGUUUGCAACGCCUACAAUGCGUUCAUGCAAUGCAUCCGCGAUGACGGCUACAGCUAUCAGGACUGCUUCAGCGCUAAUUGGCUUCUCUCGCUGAACUCGUCGAUCGUGACCCCGUACGACACGUAUUACUACGUGGGCGUGAUGGUUCAGGUGUCGUACCAGUGCUCCGCCGGAUUCUAUCCGGCCGUCGACAAUUGGCCGUGCAUCCAGUCGGUCUACAAGAACCAGGGCGCCGCCCUCGACAAGUGCCUCCAAACUUUCUACAUCAACGCUCAGGGAAAUCCAUACAGGGCGUGCGAAUUCUUCAAGGACGGCAUGGAGUGCUAUCAGGGAACAUUCCGCCACUGCCGCGACGAGGUCAUGUACUGGGGCUGCGAGUCGUUCCGUAGCCAAGCGCACAUCGGAUACGAGGGAUGCAAGCAGAGCUGUCAAGUCAACCAAUUCUUCGGCGACGUCCAGCCCGAGCAGAAGAUGAAGCUCGUCGACUCGGAGCGCUACACAAAGAACGCCGCCGAGCAGAUCGAAGCC